AUGCUUGCUCAUGAGCUCAAGGAGAACGAAGAUGUCCUUUCGAGACUGGUCGUCGUUCCCAAUCCGCAGUUCCCAAUUCACACCCAGUACAUGAUUGCCGAGCAUCUUCUGCAGACGAACACCCCCUUGCCGGUCCAAGAAUGGAUCGAGAGUGGAAAGGAGUAUGCUCGCGAGGCAGUGCAGGAAGAGUUGCUCUCAGACUUCGACCGGCGCAAGAUCUGGUACGAUGCCCCAAGGGCAGCACUUGCUCAAGCCAGAAAACAGAAGUGGGGUGCAGACUACACGCUCGCCGAAGUACAGGCUGGUAUCGAGACUAUUGAGACUGGACUGAGACGGAAGCUCGUCGAGCCUCCUCUAGAUGACGACGACGAUGAAGAGUUCGAAGACGAGGAAGAGGAGGGCGAAGAGGAGGACAGCGAAUCUAUGGAAGUCGACCCAAUAACUAAUGCCGGUACUACAACUACGACAGCAGAUGUCAGUGCCUCCGUCCCUCCGAUGUCUCUGGACGUGAUGAUGCGAUUUAUGUCGAUGGCCAAAGAUGGCUGA